AGCUCUAUCUUCUUUUAAUUUUCAAUUAUUUCUUCCGUGCUUUCUGCUACUCUGGUUCUUGAUCGAGAUUUUAGGAAAUCUUGUUCUUCGGUCCGUGCUUUCUAAAAUUCUUAAUUGUGGGGUGUUUCGUUUCCAUCUUUGAUUUAUGGCUACAUAAUUGCCUUCCUUCGGAUUCAUGUUUAAAAAACUUUCCAAUUAUGUCGUCACAAUUAAUUGGAAGCAAUCUUGUAAUGGUUGUAAGGUUUUGUACGAUUAUCGUUUAAUAAAAACCCUAAAGACUUCUCUCUCUUCGUUUCCUCCCUGGCCUCCCAUCCCUUAUCUUCUUCGUGGAAACCAGCCGCACCAGCCCUCCCUCGGCGUCGUCUCCGGCAACUCCUAAGUGGUGAACGAUGGCACACAAACCAGCAGCGUGCUUCCUCGGCUUUCUUCUCCUGCGGCAUCUGUGCGCAGCGGCGGUUUGACAGUUACCACGAACAGCGGAUACUGUGGCGGUGAGAACCCGGACGGCGUCCUCCCUUGCAAGCGACGGUGGAACAGGCAAGUUCGGUUCUGUAGCAGUCUGGCCAGAUCUUAGAGUUCCGGUCUUCUCUACCUACUCUCGCAUUUGCAUCAAUUGAUUCCAAAUCUGUGUAUCUAACGCUUUUGCCACCGUUCAAACAAAGAUCCCCAAUUAGUUCGAUAAGGAGCUCCAACACAUUUUUGAAGUGAAAAUAAGACAAUGGAUUCGGCUCAGAAUGCAUCUUCAGCUGCUGGGACUGGUGGAAGUGGUGGCAAUGGAUCAGUCAUUAACGAUACAUCAGCAUCGGCAACAGUGGAUGACUCGAAGCAAAACUUGAACCAAGUAAUCAACUCCAUACAGAAGACUUUGGGCCUCCUCCAUCAGCUUAACCUCACCGUUUCUAACUUCAAUGCGGCUUAUCAGCUGCCUCUUUUACAACGCCUUAAUUCUCUCGUUAUGGAGCUAGAUAACAUGGUUAAAUUAUCAGAGAAAUGCAACAUACAGGUUCCUAUGGAGGUUCUUAAUUUGAUCGAUGAUGGGAAGAAUCCGGAUGAAUUCACGAGGGACGUAAUAAAUAGUUGCAUUGCAAAAAAUCAGAGUACAAAAGGCAAAACUGAUGCGUUCAAGGGUUUACGGAAGCAUCUUUUGGAGGAACUUGAACAGACAUUUCCUGAUGAAGUCGAGUCAUACAGAGAAAUUCGUGCUGCUUCUGCUGCUGAAGCAAAAAGGAUAGCGCAAGCGCAAAGUAUGUUACCAAAUGGAGAUGUGAAGGUCAAGAUGGAGGUUUAAGAGCCCUUCUCAUUGAUUAUCAGGUGAGAUGGCUGUUCGUCGGUUUCUCCAUUCAAACUAUUCGGCAGCCUUCAAUGGCGGUUGCUGAAUUAGUACUGCAAAUGCCAUAGAAGGUGGAGAGAUUUCCUGACACUAUCAAUGGCGGACAAGAAUGACAACCUUAAACCCCACGCAGUGUCAGUUUGUCCGAUUCAAGUUUGAAUUUUUCCUUUUUUCUUUUGUUUUCUUUUCUUUUUACUGGUGAACGAAUCUUUCCAUGUCUGGAUUCUCAGUUUUCUGAUAACAAGUAUUUGUAAAUUCAUAUACAAUUCCUUCCCUCAUACAAACUCAUGUUGGAGGUUUACAUUUUUCUUUUGGGAUAUAUAUAUGUUAAUAAGUGUCCAUGCUUUUUAGAAUACCAUCUUUAA